AACUCUCGGGAAGAUGGCGCCCUUAAUUUGGUCACAAGUUGACCGGAGGAAACUUUGACCGCGAGGUGAUUAUCACAGUACAAGCGGCUGUUCACAGGCGGGAUCCCGAGCAGAGCAUAUGCCGAGCUCAAGGAAAGGGCACAGGGACACAAUUCGGUGACCUGGAGGUCAGGGACUCUCAAAGAGCAGAGUCCGUCAGGAGAUCGGAGCGGGAAGACCCGGAAAAGGCGUGGUCAGAAACAGGGCGGGUUUACUGCGCCCCAAACCGGAAGACCCGGAUUGGGAAGCGACGAGGCGGGACGGAUUUUAGCCAGCCCUAAACUCUAAGACCCUCUUGUCCUCCUGAGCUCUGCCCUCGGAUGUCCGACCGCCCAGAGCCUGCAUGCGCCGUGGGGCGCCCCAGGACCAGGAGCUGGUGGGUCCGGGGGCCCCUGGGCGGGGGUCCCGGGGCUCCCCUCCUUCCUCAGGACCCGUUGUCCCGGUGCUGGUCUUUCCCCCGGAUCUAGUAUUCAGGGCGGACCAGAGAAGUGGACCCCGGCAGCUGCUGACCCUCUACAACCCCACGGGAACUGCGCUUCGCUUCCGAGUUCUGUGCACAGCACCUGCCAAAUACACGGUAUUCGAUGCAGAGGGAUAUGUGAAGCCUCAGUCCUGCAUUGACAUUGUGAUACGGCACGUGGCCCCCGUCCCCAGCCACUAUGACGUCCAGGACAGAUUCCGCAUUGAGCUGUCUGAGGAGGGGACUGAGGGACGAGUGGUUGGAAGAAAAGACAUCACCUCUGUUCUUCGAGCCCCAGCGUACCCCCUGGAGCUUCAGGGACAUUCUGAGCCAACGCCCAACCCAGGGCCUCCUGUGUGGACAGGACUGACCCCAGCCAGACAUCUUCAGGAGAGUGUGAGGAAGAAGACUUUGCAGUUGUCCUGGUUUCUAACUUCUAAUCAGAGAGACAAGUUCUUCUCCAGCUCCAACUGCAGUGUCUCAGAUGCCCCCCAGCAGCUGGCCACCAGCUCCUUCCUGCUCUUCUUGCUGGCAGGCGUCAUCUCUGUGGCCUUCCUGCUCCUACCACUGCAGGAUGAGCUUGGCAGCCAGCUGCCUCAAGUCCUGCACGUGUCCCUGGGACAGAAGCUGGUUGCGGCCUACGUCUUAGGCCUCCUCACCAUGGUGCUCCUCCGGACCUGAACUCUCAGCUGAACCCACCUCACCCACCCUCUCCUUCGCAGGCAGGGACCUAAGGCAGCCACUGUGAUGUUUGCACCUUGCUCCUCCUCCCUCGCUUCCGCCCAUCCGUUGCUCCUCCUCCCUCGCUUCCGCCCAUCCGUUGCUCCUCCUCCCUCGCUUCCGCCCAUCCGUUGCUCCUCCUCCCUCGCUUCCGCCCAUCCGUUGCUCCUCCUCCCUCGUUUCCGCCCAUCCGUUGCUCCUCCUCCCUCGCUUCCGCCCAUCCGUUGCUCCUCCUCCCUCGCUUCCGCCCAUCCGUUGAUUGUCAGCCUCCCCACAGCAAGCACCUGGGAUUUGUACUCAUUUUCCAAGUUGAUUAAAAUACAUUUUAAAAAUCAAAA